AUGGAUAUUGAUAAUCCUCCGAAACGAAUUGCCGAGGGUGGACUUGGUGAAAUUAAACGAUAUUUCGAGGAUUUGUUUCUUGGUGACCCUAGUUUCCGUGUUAAACUCAUGUUGGUCGGCCAAGAGAAUGUUGGAAAGACCAGUCUGGUCAAGUGUCUAAAGAUGAAAAAGAAGGUGGUAAAGACAACCGAUCAUCUAGGUAGCAAUGUUUCUACAGAUGGAAUCGAUAUCGAUGAAAUUAAAAUCGUUUUGGAUAUACCAAACAAUAGUUAUAUUAAUGGUAACAACGCAUUAAGUUUAGGUAGUUUCACCAACUUUAGCUCUUCACCUCAAAUAUCAGUAACCACACCCAGUCCUAUGCAAGACACAAUGAUGAACAAAAUAACCAGUAACAAUAGUAAUGAUUCAAAUAACAACAAUAAUAAUAACAUAAAUACCAACUCUUCUGCUGGCAGUGGACAUAAUAGUAAUAGUGGACCGACAAUGGAUCAAUCUGGAAAUGCUUCAACAAACAACGUAACAUCCGGUGGUGGAAGUGGUGGUACAGGAUCAGGUAGUAAUAUUAAUAAUUUUAAUAGUAAUAAUAAUAAUACUAGCAAUAGUAGUAAUAGCAAUAAUAAUAGUGGUAGUAAUACGAGUCAUAGUCAAAAAGUAACAAUGUCAAUUUGGGAUUGUGCAGGUCAAGAGUUGUAUUAUACAACACAUCAGAUGUUCUUGACUGAUAAAGCAUUGUAUACGGUGGUAUGGGAUCUAUGCAAACCAGAAGUGAAUAGUAAAGUUGAAUUUUGGUUACAUUCGAUUCGAAUGAAAGCAGAGGAUGCCCCAAUCAUCCUGGUUGGAACUCAUCUUGAUGAAUUCCUUCAAACUCAUACCGAGGACGAACUAGACCAGAUCCUAAACAAUAUCUACAUGAAAUACUUCCGAAAGUUCAAACUCAAAGUACCCGAUCUCUAUAUGAAACUUGAAAAGUUAAUAAUCAAGAAAAGAUCAUCAUUGACAUCACCUGUAUUAUCUUGGAAAAAUUAUACACUAAUGGUAUUAUCUUCACUGGAUUUCCAUGAUGAAAUUCAUGUCAAAGUAGCAACAAAAACAUUAUCUUCAAUGGGUUGUGUUGCCUAUUUUGAGGAUUUAAAUUUCCAAAAUAUGACAACCACCAGUAAUAGUAAUAGUAAUAACAUUAAUAACAAUAGCAAUAAUAAUUUAAAUUCGCUACAGACUGAAAAUUAUGUUUUCCUGGAUCCUCAAUGGUUAACUGAUAUUUUUGCUUCCAUAAUUACAACCAAACAUAAAUUUAUAAAAGAUGGUAUAUUAAAAAAGAGUGAUUUAUUACAAAUUUGGAAAUCACCUGAGUUUUUAGAAGAUGAAUCUUUUCAAACUUUGCUUAUUAAUUUAUUAGAGAGAUUCGAAUUGAUGUUUCCACUGGAAUUCGAGUUGUCCAAUAUGGAGUAUAUAUCGUCUCCCUAUCUCCAAUCGAAACAGCAACAACAACAACAAUUGGAGUCAGUAAAUAGUAAUAAUAGUUUACAGAAUAGUUCAUUAAUUACUGGUACCAGUGUUAAACCAAGUCAAUCCGAUAUGAAAAAGGUGUUAUCUCCAUUAUUGAUAUCAUCACAACAACAGUUACAAUUACAAUUACAACAACAGCAACAACAACAAUUCCAAUUACAAUCAUCACCACAACAAACUACUCCAACUCAAACCACUCCCAAUAGAAAAUCAAAUAUUGAUCUUGCAUUGGCAACACAACAAUCACUACCAUCUACACCAACUUCAUACCGUCAAAGAUCAAGUUCUAUCGAUUACAAUUCAGUGGUCGGUACCUCUACCAAUUUCAAUAAGGUUCCCAGUAUGGAUAGCAAUGUGAGUGGUGUCAUGUCACCACUACCAAGAGGUGGAAUCAUUCAUCAAAAUAGCUUUACCCUCAAAGAUCCCAAUGCACCAGAGUUCUCAAAGCGAUUCAUCAUUCCUUCGCAACUUCCAGACAAACGUCCAUCUUUUGAUUUGCUAUGGCCACCAAACGAUCAAUUUCGGGUUGAAUACAAUCGUUGGUUCCAAAUGGUGUUCAUUCCAAUCGGUUUGUUCAGUCGUUUGUUGAUCCGUUUGAUUGUUUCCAAAGAGUAUUCAAUGAAACCAAUUCUCUAUUGGCGUAAUGGAUUGGUGUUGGAAGCAAGUUCACCCAAUCCAUAUGUUCCAGCGGCAACGUCGUUGAUUGAAGUCAGUCCCUCGACAAUGACCAUCAAAGUAUCGGUGAGAAGCGAUCUUAGAACUGGAAAAGGAAUGGCUGCCAAACUGCUACGUCUCAUUGUCGAGAUUAUCGAAGCACUCAGUAGCAGUUGGUAUUCGUUGGAAGCAUCGCAACUCAUUCCAUGUCCACAUUGUAUUUUGAAAGCAAGUGUACAACAGACACUGUUCACACUUAACGAGUGUGAAUCGGCCGCUUCCAAUGGUAAUUGGUUCCUAAUGUGUGGACCUCGACGUAUCUCACUGGAGAGCUUUGUUCCGGAUGUAGCACUCGUAGACUUUUGGGGAUCGGGAUCGAAAAAGUUGAGAUACGACCAAAUAAAGUUGGAAAAGGAAAGACGAACACUCAGAGUUGUCUUACCAAACUCCAAUGUCACUGACAUUCACCAAAGUCAGACCAUACUGCUCACCAAAGAAGGAACCAUUCCAAACUCCACACAGCUCGCCGAAGGAUUCCCACUCAACUCUGAACAAAUGUCGUUUGGCGAACACAACGAUCUACAAGUGAAUUUCGACCAGAAAAAUCAAAGUCUAGUCGUUCGUGGAACGAUAAAGAAGGGAGAGUUACAGGCUGAACAAACAAUACAAGUUCCAAAACUAAUUGGUCGUGGAGCGAGUGGAAAGAUCUAUUCCGCUGAGCUAAAUGGAGUGGCUGUUGCCGUCAAGCAGCUCGAAGUCAUAGGUGACGAUGCACCUCGUAUCUUCUCAGAGUUUCGCAAGGAGAUUCACGUAAUGAGUGAUCUGAAGCACAAGAAUGUAGUGAAUCUCAUAGGUUUUACUACUCAGCCAUUUACCAUGGUGAUGGAAUAUGUCGAUGGUGGCGACCUCUACAAAUUCUUGCAUAGCAACUCUGGUGACAUUCUCAAUGACAACUGGGCGCAUCGCAUUGCAUUGGCACUGGACAUUGCCAAAGGAAUGAAUUUCCUUCACUCAGUUUCACCACCGUUGCUACACCGUGAUUUGAAAUCUCCAAACAUUCUACUCACUCGCAAGGAUGGAAGAAUCCGCGCAAAAGUAGGUGACUUUGGAUUGUCGUCGCGUAUGAUCAUACAAGCACUUCGACAUAAACUACCACUGGGAUCACCAAGUAUGAGUCAAUCUUGUAUCUCUCCAUUGAUGAUCGGUCACAAUAUGAUUAGUCCACCACUUCUCUCGCAGCCACAGAUGACCUAUCAGAAUUUGAAGACUGCCAACCCUGAGGAAACACUUCCAAUCGGUGGACAACUACAAAUGUCAUUGAGAACACAACCGAUAGAUUUGAAAAUUACAUCGUUGCUGUGGGAGAAUAGAAGAGUUUGGGGAGCAACUUCAAUUGGCUCUAUGAUGAUUUGGAAUGCAGAGAAUGGUAAGCGGAUCCUCUACGAGACGAAUCUACAUAGAGGACCGAUUCAUUCGAUGUUGCUGGUCGACGAAGAACAUAUUUGGACGGGUGGAGAAGAUGGCUACAUCAAGAUUUGGAAUGCUUGGAGAUUAAACUGUGACGAUAGUUUGGCACAAUUCAAAUCGGAGCAUAUCAAUAAGAAAGCAAGAGGUACCAGUGCACUUAGAAGAAAAUCUUGGGCACAACGUUGGUUCGUAUUGGACAGAAAGAAUAAAACACUAUCCUACUAUAAGAAACAAAGUGAUAAAUCACCGAAAUGUACUGUGAUAUUGGCCGGAUCAUCUAUUGAAGAACCAUCGGCUUUGACUCCACUCAAGGUAACACUACACAUCACGGAUCCAGAAUCAAGAAAGUUAGAGUUGGAGUUUAAAUCACUCACUGAAAGAGAUCAAUGGCUGUUGGCCAUAUCGAGAGUGAUCAAUCAGAAUAUUCCACUAGACCGUAUUGAUCUUAAUGAAAUCACUCUUAUCACUGGUGGUACUACAAGUAGUUCAAUGUCAAAUUCAAUAUCCAAUUCAAUGUCCAAUUCAAUGUCCAAUUCAAUGUCCAAUUCAAUGUCAUCAAACUCCAAUAACAAUACAAACACAAAUUCAAUAUCAAACUCUACUUCCAAUCCAACAUUGGGUACAUCAUUCACUCUAUCUACCAACAAUGCACUGACACCUAUUCCCUCAAGAAAACCAAGUACUCCCAUUGUUUCUGCGAUGAUAACAAUCAAUUUGAAUCCAUCACAGGACACACAGAUCUGGGUUGCAUUCAAAAACUAUCCGGUUCUCUUAAUUUUCGAGUGUGGAAGUAGAGAUCUUAUUGAAGUGAUAAAGGUUUCAGAGAGUGGCGCCGAUUGGAAAGGUACCGACAAAAUGAUACUCCAUCAAAAUCUCAUUUGGUGUACUCAUGACAAUAUGGUGUCGUCGACCGAAACAUCUGGAUUACCUGUCAAGAUAGCUCCGUCAGCAUCUGGAAUGAAACAGGAAACGUUAUCAAGCGAUUGGAAUUGUCUUCUCCCAUCACAAAGAUUCUCCAGUUUGGCAGUUAUGCAUGGAAUCAUGUUUAAUGGAGAUAAUCAUCACCCACCAAAUACACAGUUGAUGCGUGUAGAUGAGGAUGUUGUACAACAUGUAUAUCCAAAUAUAGAUACUUUAGAAGAGUUGAUUGGUUAUCGUUUGUAUUUCCCUGUGAUAGAUAGUCAAGCUAAAUCUGCAUUAAACGUAGCACAAGAUGAAUUCGAACUAAAUCAAGAUAGAUUGACAUUCAUUCAAUUGCUAUUACCUUAUUUUAGAGUGCUUUGUAAAGAUAAUAUAUAUGCUGCAGAUGAAAACAAUGCAAUUACAUUGGAUUAUGUGUCUUUGAAGAAUAAUGUUUUCAAACCAUCCGAUAGAUUCGAUAUGCUACUGAUUGAGAAACCACAGUUUGUAAUCGAUUGUAUGGGUGUUGUAUUGUACCAGAUUCUCUAUUGUCCGUUGGUAAUGGAUGAAGAUGACACUCUACGAUACAGUCAGACUACACAGACUCUCAACAAAAAGAAGAAGAUCAAUGUGAGAAUUGCCAACUUUGAACCGAUUUUGCCAAUGAAGAAACUAAAGUCGAAUCUGGUUGGCAAGUUUGUGUCGAUUCGUGGAACUGUCAUUAGAGUUGGCUAUGUGAAACCACUGGUUAGAUCGAUGGUGUUUCGGUGCGCAUCGUGUGGUCAUCAGCAACUGAAACAUUUCUCAGAGGGUCGUGUUGUUUUACCGACUGCCUGUCAAGAGCUGACUUGCAAGAGUAAGACAUUCGAACCAUUGAGACACACCGCUGUCACCGUCGAUUGGCAAAAGAUAAAGAUACAAGAGGAACCCGAUCAGAAGGAUCAAAAGAGUGGUAUUCCAAAGAAUAUUGAAUGUGAACUCACUGAAGAUCUGGUGGAAUCUGUGGUGCCUGGUGAUAUUGUUACUGCCAGUGGAAUCAUUAAGGUUUUGAAACAAGAUGAUGGCUUCCACAAUACUAACAAGACUGUUUAUUAUAUGUACAUAGAUGUAAAUUCAAUAGAUUCCAACAAGAAUACUGAUGAUACAAAGAAUGAUAAUGUUAAUUUCUCACUGAAGGACAUGUAUGGAAUCAAAGCGAUCGCUGAACAACCCAACAUCUUUCAUCUCAUCGUUCACUCGAUCUGUCCAUCUAUCUAUGGACAUGAGAUGGUCAAGGCAGGACUUACACUAGCACUUUUUGGUGGCAAUGCAAGGAGUGAAAAGAACAAGCUGCCUAUUCGUGGUGAUCCGCAUGUCCUGAUUGUCGGUGAUCCUGGUCUUGGUAAAUCACAGAUGUUGAAAGCAUUCCAGAAUAUAUCGCCUCGUGGUGUAUAUGUCAGUGGUGGAUAUACUACGAAAACUGGUAUGACAGUGAGUUUGACAAGAGAGGGUGGUUCUGGUGAUUUUGCUUUGGAGGCUGGUGCUUUGGUUCUUGGUGAUCAAGGUUGUUGUUGUAUAGAUGAGUUCGAUAAGAUGGAGAAAGAACAUACUGCACUAUUGGAAGCAAUGGAACAACAAUCAGUUAGUAUAGCCAAAGCAGGUAUUGUGUGUAAUCUACCAGCAAGAACAUCAGUCAUAGCAGCUGCCAAUCCAGCUGGUGGACAUUACAGUAGAGCUAAAACCGUUGCAGAAAACAUUAAAAUGAAAGCACCUCUACUUUCCAGAUUCGAUUUGAUAUUCAUUCUACUAGAUAAACCGAAUCAAAAUAUGGAUAAAAUUAUUUCUCAUCAUAUUAUGGAUUUACACUCUGGAAAUGAUAAUAAAAGAAAAGCAACAUCAUCACAGUCCUCACAGAUGUUCUCUCAACUUAGUCAGUUUGAAAAUGGAGGCAAACCAAUGCCUUUACUCUAUAAACUCAUAUUACAGCCAAACGAAGAAUUUGAAGCGAUUUCACCAAUCAUUCUGAGAAAGUAUAUUAGUUAUGCCAAAAAAUUUGUUACACCCCAACUCUCUGAUGAAGCAAUCGAAGUUAUACAAAACUUUUAUCUGGAACUUAGAAACAGAGCAUCGAAACAAGACAGUGCACCUGUUACUACCAGACAAUUGGAAUCACUCAUCAGAUUGUCCGAAGCAAGAGCAAAAUUAGAGUUGAGAGAAGAAGUUACGAAAUCAGACGCAUUGGAUGUGGUUGAAAUCUUUAAAGAAUCACUCAUUGAAACUUUCGAAGAUGAAUAUGGAAAUGUGGAUUUCAGAAGAUCGUCUGGAAUGAGCAAAGCAUCGUUGGUCAAGAAAUACACAUCGGUACUCAGUCGUGAAUCAACGAAAAGAGGCAUCAAUGAAUUCUCAAAGAAUGAGAUCUAUCAAAUAAUGAAAGAAAACAAAAUGCCAAUCGAAAAGUUUGAAGAAAUAUUUUCGAUACUCAAUGAUCAAGGAAUGAUUUUGAAAAAAGGUAGUAAAUAUAAAGUACAAGCUUCUUUUUAA